CAACGACACUUUUAGACAACAUAAACUUACCGACUGUGCAAUUGUGAGCCAAAACAAGUGGAUUCCUGAUCGAGUUUAACAAGUGCUGUCGAAAAUCACUACAAAAAUUAUAAUUCUCUGUCUCGGAAGUAUUUUUACUCGGCAAAAUACGUGUUGUAAUUGGUGAAAAAUGAGUUACCAUCGUGGAGGUGGGAGUAAGCCCAAGGGUUUUGGCUUCACUGGCUUCCAGAUGUCAGGAACCAAGAGAGCUGGGGUUACCAUUCCGCCCCCAACGACAAAUUCUUCGUUAAGCAAGCAGGGAUAUCAUACGAUGAAUUCGAUCACGGAAAAUGCACUGUCUGCCUGCUGGGGAAUGCCAAAGAAACGAAGCAAGACUGAGGAAGAGUAUUUCGAAGAUGACGACGAAGCCCAGACAUCGACUCUAGAGUACAUCCCAGCACCGGGUUCUCCCACUUACGAUCAAAUGCAAAAAGACCAGAAGAAAGAAGCAGACAGUGACAGCGAGGAGGAUCCCCUCGAUGCAUUCAUGGCUGGUAUUGAUGCCGAAGUAAAAAAGAACAGUACUAAAGCAGCACAGGCUGAGCAGGAGCUCAAAGAGGAUAAAUCCAAGGGCUUCAGGCAAGACAUUGACGGUGAGGAUGACGAGGAGAGUUACUACAGGUAUAUGGAGGAGAAUCCAACAGCUGGUCUGACCCAAGAGGAGUCUGACCAAGAAGUAGAGUACGACGACGAUGGAAAUCCAAUAGCUCCACCUAAGAAGAAGGACAUCGAUCCACUUCCUCCCAUAGAUCACAGUGAAAUUAAGUACGAGGCAUUCGAGAAGAAUUUCUACAAUGUUCACGAGGAAAUUGCUAAUUUGACAAAAGCUCAAGUCGAGGAGUUGAGGAAGACCCUGGGGAUCAGAGUGUCAGGACCAUCAGUACCAAAACCAGUCGCUAGUUUUGGACAUUUUGGCUUCGAUGAUGCACUUAUUAAGGCCAUUCGCAAAAACGAAUACACACAACCAACGCCAAUUCAGUCACAAGCGAUUCCUGCUGCUCUCAGUGGAAGGGAUUUGAUCGGUAUUGCCAAGACAGGAAGUGGAAAAACUGCUGCUUUCAUCUGGCCUAUGCUGAUUCAUAUUAUGGAUCAAAAGGAGCUGCAGGAGGGGGAUGGACCCAUUGGAUUGAUUCUCGCACCCACGAGGGAAUUGUCACAACAGAUCUUCCAUGAGGCUAAGAAAUUUGGAAAAGUUUAUAAUAUUCAGGUCUGCUGCGGCUAUGGGGGUGGCAGCAAGUGGGAGCAGAGUCAGGCACUUCAGGCAGGCGCAGAAAUAGUCGUUGCUACGCCGGGUAGGAUGAUUGACUUGGUGAAGAUGAAAGCUACUAAUCUAAGUCGAGUUACUUUCUUGGUGCUUGAUGAGGCUGAUAGGAUGUUUGAUAUGGGGUUUGAACCACAGGUUCGAUCGAUCUGCAAUCACGUCCGCCCGGAUCGCCAGACUCUCCUUUUCAGUGCCACAUUCAAGAAAAAAGUCGAGAAAUUAGCCCGAGACGUUUUAACAGAUCCAGUUAGAAUAGUCCAUGGAGACGUUGGAGAAGCGAAUACCGAUGUAACCCAACAUGUAAUAGUUUUCAACAAUAAUCCAACUGGAAAAUGGCUUUGGUUGCUCCAGAACAUCGUGGAAUUUUUAAGCUCUGGUAGUCUUCUGAUAUUCGUGACGAAAAAAUUGAAUGCUGAAGAGUUGGCGAAUAACCUAAAGCUGAAGGAGUUCGAGGUGAUGCUGUUGCACGGUGACAUGGAUCAGGUAGAGCGAAACAAAGUGAUAACAGCCUUCAAACGAAAGGACGUGAGUAUUUUGGUGGCAACAGACGUGGCAGCUAGAGGUCUCGAUAUUCCCCACAUCAGGACAGUCGUUAAUUAUGACAUUGCGAGGGACAUUGACACACACACUCACAGGGUGGGCCGGACAGGUCGAGCUGGUGAGAAGGGAACAGCCUACACUCUCGUCACGGAGAAGGACAAGGAGUUCUCAGGGCAUUUGGUGAGGAAUCUCGAGGGAGCCAAUCAGGAGGUACCAAAGAGUCUGAUGGACCUGGCCAUGCAGAGCUCGUGGUUCAGGAAGUCCAGGUUCAAGGGAGGAAAGGGAAAGAGUUUGAAUGUGGGAGGGGCUGGAUUGGGCUUCAGGGGACGAGCUGAUGGCUCUGCACCGAAGAGUGGGUCCUCAGCACCGGCCAAGGAUAUCAGCGAGGUGGUGAAGAAGUUGGAGAGACAGGGACCGGGGAGUGACCGUCUUUCUGCUAUGAAGGCGGCUUUCAGGAGUCAGUACACAUCACAGUUCAGGGCGUCCUCGGAUCACACUUGGGAGCAGACGAUCACUCCUCCGUCGCUCAUUAUGCCACCACCACCUCCACCGUCGACGUCGGGUACUGGAGAGGGUAGCGAUGAAUUGAAUUCGCAAAAUACUACGAAUUCCAGUCAAGGAGGUACGGAACGGAAGCGAGUGAGAAAGAGCCGGUGGGAGUAAUUAAUUCAGAUUAUUGAUUAUAUAAUUCUAUUGUAUCAUGGUAUAUUGUGAAUGUAAUGAUAGAGAUUAUGGAAUGGAAUCGAUGUUUUUUUUUAUCGAUGAAUAAAUAUUGAAAGAGUAAUUUUAAUUUUA